CACGCUAACACAGGCACUGUGCCCCGGAAGCUUGUUCGUGGGAGAGCUGGGGACGAUGGCGCAGAACCUUUACGGUCCAGGAGUCCGGAUGGGCAACUGGAACGAGGACGUCUACCUGGAGGAGGAGCUCAUGAAAGACUUCUUAGCAAAGAGGGAUAAGGGACAACUUCUCAUACAGAGAAACAGAAGACUAAAAGAGAAUCUUUUGAGACCGAUGCAGCUUUCUAUAUCUGAAGAUGGAUACAUUCACUAUGGCGACAAAGUGAUGCUUGUGAAUCCUGACCAUCAUGAGACAGAAGCUGAUCUGUUUCUGGGCGGGGACCUGAGCUUGUGUAUGACUCCGGAUGAAAUUAAAGCCCAUCUGAGUGAUGAAUUAGAGGUGCCCUGUGGCCUGAGCGCAGCUCCAACCAAGAUCCCGGUUGGCAGAAACACUUUUACCAUUUUGUGUGCAGCUGGAGAGACCAUCGGUCAGGUCCUUAGAUACGGGCAGAACUUUCGCCUCGGGAUAGCAGGAGGAUUUGCAGGCAGAAUGGCAAAUGCAAAAAUUCUUAUCCAUCACUGCCACACGAAUCGGGGGCUGGUGGCACACCGGCAUCUUUUCUUAAGUACCUAUUUCGGAAAGGAAGCAGAGGUCGCUGCUCACACAUAUCUGGAUUCACACAGAGUUGAAAAGCUGAAGAACCAUUGGAUGUUGGUGACUGGCAGUCCCAGGAAGGACUCGUCCACCUUGUUGGCCCUGCCUAAGCCGCCGGCGGAGGACACCCGCGCCCUGGAGCAGGCGGCGGACCCGCACCCCGGGGCCAGGAGCGCACCCGGCGCGCGUGCGUGCCCUCCCCCAAUGUAGCUUUACGGGAAAUCCAUCUUGGUCGUGCCUCAAGCUACCCUUAGGGAAGGCAGAGAACUCUCUGAACAUUGUAUUAAAACAAAGGCUAUAUUCAGAUUAUUAAAUUAACGGUGGAGGUCUGGGACACAGGAAAAAAGAAAAAACUUGCCUUGGGCCUUAGCUCAGAAAUGAUAUUUGAAGGUAACAGACAAUAUUCCUUUGUUGAUGACCAACUUCUGAAGACUCAGCUUCCUUUAUUUAGAUCCUAUGUAGCAGCAGCUUCUAUAAGGACAGUGUUACUUUUUAAAGCUAUGUCUGUGUAAUAAAGCUAUCGGAACU